UAAAUUUUGGUUCAUCAAAAUUUUAUUACAUGCGCACCACGAUUUACAAAUAAUCACAACAAAAGAAGAGCCAACAGUUUCGCACUUUCCAUAUAUAUACAUACAGCAGUAACGCAUUAUAUUCCAUUAUGUGUUAUAUUCAAGUGAAUCGAUCGGAUUAUUUUGCGCGCCAUUUGUUUCCGUGGGACUGGUCGCAGGGCGUUAGCACUUCCUCGCGGACUUCACCAUGGCGACGGCGACGCCAGGUCGGCGACGCCAGGUCGCAUUGAUUCUCUCUAAUAGGUACGACAACGAACACCAAAGCGGUCAGCAUAUUCCAGCGUUGAUACUGAAUUUAGUCAUAAAUUUCUACCUCGCCCUGGAUGAGUUGCAUUCGACUGAUCGAUUGAAGAAUGAAGUGAACUAUGACGGAGCACAAAGGCACGUCCUUCUUUCAUUCGUGUGUGAAGACGCCGGUGGAUCCCUGCAGCCGGCAACCAACCCCUUCUUACGAACGUCCUCGUCUGUCGUCCGGUAGCCGGAGAUCAGAGAAGGUGAAGAAGAUCAACUUCGCCGAGGGUGAAUCGCUCGCCGUCGAGAACUCGGAGUCGUCGAGCCCGCGCGACACCCUCGAGAACUUCCUGGAGUUCCUGAAGAGCAUACCGGACUACGGGCAGAUACAUCACUUGUCGAACGAACAGUUCAAGCAAAAGGUCGAGUAUCUGAGAAGGAAGCAGCGGUUACUUCUGCAAAAUCUAAGGAACUCGCUGGACGACGAUGAGGAGGAGCCGCCGUCGCGUUUGUCGAUCUCGAGAAACGAAAGAUCGAAGUCGAAGAACGUCAAAUCGGACGUUAUCGUCGACAAUCUCAAGCUGAACGGCAAGAAGUGCUAUCUCGAGGAAUCCAGGACGAGUAGCCCUAUAUUGUUUCCUUUCGGUAAUUUCGCCGGUCUCGCCGAGGAUCAGGAUCUGCUGACGUACAGGUGCAGAGACAAAGAUAAGGAGACGAAGACAAUGCGCAACAAGGAGAUACUAGCUGCCAAUAAGAGCUGGAGUACGUGGAGCGAGUCGAAAAGCGACGACAGUGUGAACAGCGACGGUGAGGACAGCAUCGAGACGAAGAGUUUGCCGCCGAAUAGCUCGAAAGAGUGGCACCCUACGGUGCCCAGGCCAUUUACUUUCACCCUGAGAGAAGAGGCAGAAAAAUACAUGACGGAGGUGGAGCGCGCAAAGGAGGAUAACGAGAAAAAAAGUCCUUCGAAGAAACGACGAGUCAGACCUAUUCCUAUCACGUCCAAAAUACCACUUUACGAUAAACUGAUGGCCGAGAAAGAAGAAAGAAGUCGUAUCGUGCGCGAGGAGAGCGCCUUGAACCUGCUGUCGCAGAUGCGACCUUUCAGGCUGGAGUGCGACCGUCGUGCCUGGCGGUCCAUGGCGAGGUCCAGUCCUGAGCUCUGCUCGAGCAAAAGCGGCUCCUCGCGUUUCAAGGCCAAGCCGGUACCAAGAAACCUGUUCGGUACAGAGGUUUACGACCGUAUGCUCGAGGACGAAUACUAUAGGCAGCUAAGGAAAAGGGUGAGGGCCGCCGAGUUGCUGAAGUCCUCUUCCUUACCGCCGUCGAUGGCGAGGCGCGAGCGUGUCAAGUCCGCGUGUGCACAUUUCCAGGACGUCCAGGGGUCCAGCAACAAGGACGACGACGAGUCUGUCACUCCGACGACGACGUCCGACAGAACCAGGUCCGCGAUGGCGUCUAUAUUGUCCUCGCGCGGAAACAACUUGGCCGCGAUUCUGAGAUGUCAGGCCUCACGAGAGAAACUUGAGCGCGAGAUACGGGAACGGAUGGAGGAGAAGCGGCGGGAGCAGGUGCUGAAGCUGCGGGAGACGCUGAUCGGUCGGAAGCCCGCGUGGAAGGCCCUGAGAUCGGCCGCGAGGCACGAGCACGACAGGGACUUGGACAUGCGGACCACUCUUCGUCGAGACGAGGCGCGGGAGCAGGCCGAGCGUCAUCGGCUGCAGAUGGAGAUGAUGCUGGACCGUGUGACGCAAAUACCGACUCUCUUCGAACGGCAUUCUCAGAGUUUUCAAUCGCUCUUGAAGGCGCAACAGAAAAUUUUUUCGAAGAGCGCUCACACCCGGAAGAAGAAGAAGAAGAAAAAGAAGAAACAGCAACAGCAGCAGCAGCAGCAAUCGAAAACGUCCACGUCAAGCAGCUUGGAUUCGUACCUGAGCUUCGUCAGCAACUCCAGACCGAAUUCCGGAUCGUUAACCAGUUCUUCCGGUACUCUGAUCUCAAGCCAAUCGUUGUCGAAGUCGUCGCGCGAUUCCUCCGACAAAUCGGCGACCAAAUCGGAGGCGUCGACGUUAAAGAGGAAGGCCGAUCGCGGUCUGCUGAAGGUGUCGAUCAACGAGACGGCGGAACUGAUCGAGGACCGCGACGAGAAAUUGUCCAGCAGCGACGACGUCACUCCCGAAGAGUGAAUUGAACCGACAAUAUAUCAUAUACCAAUCAUCAUUCUGAAUUAGUCAGGUUUUUGUAUUCGAUUAAUUACAAGCGGAAUGUAUCAAAAUUGGCUAAAGCUUGAACGAUCGGAAGAGCAGGUUUUUUUAUUUAUAUAUUGAGAUUUUAUUUUUACUUGCUUAUUUCUAAUUAUUAUAAAAAAGGAUAAUCGAUAGUGUUAAGUUUCUGACAACUUGACACUCGCGUUCAAGGAAGAGCGACUCGUUAAGUUGAUUAAAAGAUCCGUGACGAAAGCGAUUGCGAUAACUCUGGGAAAGUCCAGUGGUUAUCGCGAGUAACAAAAAUACGUUUCGUAAAACUUAUGUAGGGGGAAUAGGGAAACAAAAAACAUCUACUUUUUAUGAAAAAACUAUAUAUCGAUAUAUUAUAAAGCUUAAAAACAACAUGAUAUGUUAACAUGUAAGUCGUAAACACGCGUAAUCGAUUUAGCACAAAGAUCCGUUAGCAAGCGGAGUCUGCUUCUUUCGGAGAAAUCUCCUUCGAUUUUUUUUCCUUUUCAUCAAGAUUACACGCUUAUCACACACGCACGAUAAAAAGUAACAUAAUUAAGUUUAACUUAAGUCGCAAACUCGAAAAAUCUCCGUCUAAUGGAAUAAAAUUGUAUCGCGGCAGUAUGACACUUUAAUAAAAGGAUAACAAAGUUUUUUUUAAC